CGCCCAAGCCCCGCCAUGCGGCCCCCGGGGCUCUGCGGGGCCGCGCCGCUAGCCGCGGCCGCCCUCCUGGUGCUGGGGGCUCCCCUGGCGCUGGCCGGCGAGGACUGCCUGUGGUACCUGGACCGGAAUGGCUCCUGGCAUCCAGGCUUUAACUGCGAGUUCUUCACCUUCUGCUGCGGGACCUGCUACCAGCGGUACUGCUGCAGAGACCUGACCUUGCUUAUCACCGAGAGGCAGCAGAAGCACUGCCUGGCCUUCAGUCCCAAGACCAUAGCAGGCAUCGCCUCGGCUGUGAUCCUCUUUGUGGCUGUGGUGGCCACCACCAUCUGCUGCUUCCUCUGUUCCUGCUGCUACCUGUACCGCCGGCGCCAGCAUCUGCAGAGCCCAUUUGAAGGCCAGGAGAUUCCAAUGACAGGCAUCCCAGUGCAGCCAGUGUACCCAUACCCCCAGGACCCCAAAGCUGGCCCCGCACCCCCACAGCCUGGCUACAUGUACCCUCCUAGUGGUCCUGCUCCCCAGUAUCCACUCUACCCGGCUGGGCCCCCUAUCUACAACCCUGCAGCUCCUCCCCCCUAUAUGCCACCACAGCCGUCCUACCCAGGAGCCUGAGGAACCAGCUGUGUCUCUGCUGCCCCUUCAGUGAUGCCCUUCUCCUGUAUCUGCAUCUGGCCGUGGGGGUGGGCGAGGGUCCUCUACUCCUCAGGCCCAAGACCAAGCCAAGCCCUGGGUCUUGCUGGUGAUGGAGCCCCAGGGAAGUAGACCAGGAGCUGAGCUGGAACUUGGCUGUGAAUGAGGGGUGGGUGGGGAGGGCUUGGGAUCACUGGACUAUUUUUACCUGGGACAAGAGAAGGACAUGAAAGCCUGGGUCAAGACCCCUGCUUUCUCAGAGUCCGUCAACUUCCAAGAUCCCAGCCAGGAACGCUGGGGCCCUCCCUGUUUGCUCACUGUGGGCCGGGGCAGAGCAGGGAGAGGGCUCCAUCAGCAGUGGGCGGAAGCCCUGCUCCCUGCUGCCCCACUGGCCACAGGGCUCCAACUGCUGGAUUAAAGCUGUAAAGCUGUAA